UGUGCUCCUUGCUGUGAUAAUGUUCCAAGCCUUCUUAAUUGGAAGAGCCGCUUCAUAGACCUUUGAAUCCGGCCGAAAUUAGCCGUCUUAGCUAACUCUUUUCCAGGCUCACAAAUCCGACUUACCCAGAUGCUCUGCAGACAGCUCUGUAAAAGGGCAUGGUCCCGACGUGGUCUCGCCACUGUAGCCAAUCUUUCGUAUGACGUUUGUGUGAUUGGAGGCGGGCAUGCUGGUUGCGAAGCUGCAGCGGCAGCGGCUCGAACGGGCGCCAGAACGCUGCUUCUAACUCAAAGAUUGGAUACGAUUGGGGAACUCUCUUGUAAUCCGUCUAUUGGAGGAGUUGGGAAAGGAACUUUAGUUCGAGAAGUGGAUGCUUUAGACGGGCUCAUGGGACGUGUUUCCGAUAAAGCUGGGGUCCAGUUUCAUAUAUUAAAUCGUUCGAAAGGAGCAGCUGUGUGGGGACCUAGAGCGCAAAUCGAUCGUGAUCUAUACAAGAAACAUAUGCAGAGUGCAUUAAUAGACUAUCCUCAACUCGAUGUCCGCGCCGGCAGUGUCUUUGACUUGGUAUUCAAUCAUGAGGACGUAGCAAAGAGCAGAUGGGGAAAGAUUUCUGGCGUCAGGCUUGAUAACGGAUCUGUUAUUGACUGUACUCAAGUGGUAAUCUGUACGGGGACCUUCCUUUCCGGCGAAAUUCAUAUCGGCUUACAGCGAUUUCCUGCUGGUAGAAUCAACGAAGCACCAUCUCUUGGACUGUCUGCUUCUCUCAAUGCAGCUGGAUUUAAACUUCGGCGGUUACAGACCGGAACUCCUGCACGACUAGAUGGGAAGACAAUAAAUUUUGCUAAUAUGGAUCGACAAGAUGGCGACGCGUCCCCCUCCCCUUUCAGUUUUUUGAACAGCACCGUUGACAACGCCGCGAAUCAAAUACCAUGUUUCAAAACCAACACAACAGCUGCAACACAUCAAAUCGUGAAAGAUAACCUGCAUAAUUGUGUUCAUAUCCAGGAAACUAAAAAAGGCCCAAGAUAUUGCCCCUCACUCGAAUCCAAGAUUCUUCGGUUUGGUCAUCGCGAAUCCCAUAAUAUUUGGCUUGAACCAGAAGGUUACAAUUCGGAUGUCAUUUAUCCUAAUGGCAUAUCAUGUAGUUUACCUGAGGAUGUGCAGGAACCUAUGAUGCGAACCAUUCCAGGGCUUGAAAAUGUCAGAAUGGUUCGACCGGCGUAUGGCGUCGAGUACGACCAUGUCGAUGCCAGGGAGUUGGGACCCACCUUGGAGACCAAACGGAUACAGGGCUUGUUCCUGGCUGGCCAAAUCAACGGAACGACUGGAUAUGAAGAAGCUGCAGCUCAGGGCAUUGUCGCUGGUAUCAACGCAGGGCUUUCGGCGCUACAACGCCCACCUUUCAUUCUUACUAGAGCGGACGGGUAUACUGGAGUCAUGAUCGACGACCUGAUUAUCAAGGGUACCGAAGAGCCUUAUCGAAUGUUCACCUCCAGGUCGGAGUACAGGAUGACCCUCAGGAGUGACAACGCCGAUUUACGGUUAACAGAAAAGGGUCGCCUUGCCGGUAUAGUUUCGGACGGGCGCUGGGAAACCUUCCAAAGUACUCGCAGUGCUUUGUAUUCCGCCACGGAAACUUUGAAAAGUGUUGUAUUCUCCCCACAGGGAUGGGCAGAACGGGGAUACCCUGUACCUCUUGAUGGAAUUCGAAGAAGUGCGUUUGAAAUGCUACGAUACCGCAACAUCAGUUCGGUAGCCCUGUCAACUCUCAUUCCCGAUCUCGCAAAGUUGGACCCCAGGUUACUGGCCCGCAUUGACAUAGAUGGUCACUAUGAUGCACAUCUAUCCCGUCAAGAAGCAGAUCUUCGACAUUUCCAAGAGGAUGAAAAUCUCCUCCUGGACCCUCAAAUGGACUACAGCGCUGUUGAUGGUUUGAGCUCUGAGGUUCGGGAACGUCUGCUCAGAGUCAGACCAACAACCAUUGGAGCCGCAAAACGAAUGGAAGGCAUGACGCCGACCUCAAUGGUGUAUCUAUUGAGACAUGCAAAACGGACUUUCAAAAAAUAUGAAGAGUCAUUAAUUGUACAGCCACUUGUAUAAUAUCCGGAUAAACCUAGAAGACCGUACUUCCUCUCCCAAUCCCCAUUUUACCAUUAGCGUUGAAUCGUAAUCUUGGUCAUUAUCAAAGAGGAUAGAUUUGAGGGGAAGGUUCAACUUUCCAACGACUAGUCUAUGGCACUAGGAAGCGAUGAAAUCCUGGUCUAUAUCACGCUCGAAAACAAUAGUGGUGGAUAUACCAGGGUGAUGGGAAAUUUCGACUUCUGGAGUUCCGCCUACGGAGAACUGAACCGACCUGAUUUCCAUUGCCUCACGUAUAUGUAGUACUAUCCGGCUAGUGGUGAUGGAAUGAAAGGCGCGAAGCAUGCUAGAAGAAAAUGUUAUUGAACAGCCAGCAAUUUUCAAGAUGAAGAUCAUACGGCAUGCAGAGGUAAUAUAACUGGACCUAGUAAUAGUAGUAUCAUGAUGUAGGUUGUGAGUAUGAAAUAAUAACACGAU